AUGGGAAAUGUUGGAAGCCGGUUGGAUGACUCGGGGAGUCUGUACUUUAAGGAUCAAAGCAAAUUUACUAUCGCAUCUGUGACUAUAACCGAUUCCAGGCGGAGAGUCCUGUUAAACCUCGUCCCGAAUUCAUUUCCCUCAAGCAGGUACAUCGCCAAGCGUGAUAUCGGCGACGAGGCCCCGAUUGAAUAUAUCCAGGAUCCGGAUUCUUCCUCAUCUGCCCAGGCGCCUACGUUCCUUUUGCGGCUUUCCAAUGAAGACGAAUUAAACUUCCAUUUCACAUUCAUAUUGAGACAAACUCAAACCGGCAAUGCUACAAAUUCAACUGUUAAUGGUGUUGCGACUUCUCUCCCAGAAGUUGCUGACACUGUGGUCACGGGACUGACUUUCGCACAUGCGCCAAAUUCAAAGGAGCUAGACAACCUAAUCACUAGAGAGUUUCAUGCCAACCCCAACCUACAAAAUAAUUCAAAUGUGCAGUUUGUAGGGGAUUACUCGACUGGUGGCAGCCCAUCGGUGCAAUUUGAAUGGUCGUGGAGAUGGAAGCCACCCAAACCAGUAGAGGACAAAGGGGGCGGCUGGAGGAACAGCUGCAGCUUUUUGGAAUAUGAUCAAAGAGCGAACCGGCUAAACACACUUGCUCACUUCUCUUUUUGGGUACAGAACACUAUACGUGCCUUGCCGAGCCCACAGAUUUUUUCGCCAAGGUUAGAGCUCCACGUCCCGCCCCGACAUCGCAUUCCCUCAUCGCACUCUGUGCUUUCUCAUUCCAGCGAUGCGGAUGCAACGCCUAACCCGCAGAUCAUGCCCGGCACUCCGCCAGAGGUGGACUCCGUACCACCUCCACUCCCGGUCAAGAUUGAUCUUCCCCAUUCGCGACCCGGUGAAGACAUGAGUAUUGUUGAAGACGGUCCAUUAUUUCGAGCUACAAUGAAAGCAUUGGAACAAAGAACAGGCAAUAUGCGCGCAAAGAUAAAGAAAGUUCUCAAGAAAGCGGAGGCGGCCCAGCAGGCUCAGAAUACCUGUAAUGAUGCCGUGGAGGCCUUCUUGUCCGCACUAAACGACGCAUCAACUCCGAACGCAAAUGCGAUACAACCGGCACUUGAUCAUUAUUUCGAAAAGAUCGCGCGACAGAUCCUAAAUUACGAGAGACUCAAUACCAUUCAACUUCAGAAACUUGUCAUCGACCCGUUGAUCAAACUCUACAAUAAUGACAUAAAGCAAGCCGAGGCCAAAAAGAAAGAAUUUGAGGAAGAAAGCAGGGAUUAUUAUGCAUACGUUAGUCGCUAUCUUGGUCAACGUCAAGAUUCGCUUAAAGAGAAGAAGCGGGCGGAGAGUGACUCUAAGUACCAAGCUAAGCGUCGGAAUUUUGAGCUUAAACGCUUCGACUAUUCGUCAUUCAUGCAAGACCUUCACGGUGGACGUAAAGAGCAGGAGGUACUGUCGCAUCUUACCAAAUACGCUGAUACGCAAGCGAAAAGCUUUCUUGCAGCUUCCAAGAAAGUUGAUGAUAUGAUCCCUCAGCUAGAUGCACUUAUCCACGAGGUCAGCCAAGCAGAUAAGGAAUUUCAAUUUCAGAGGACAGAGAGGGAGGAGAAGCGAAGGGCUUUGGAAAAGAGUAGCAACAUGUAUCUUGAGCCCGAUUCGUUGAUUAACUCGAGCGUACCAUCAACGCUAUCAGGAAAUGGUAGUGGAGCCCAAAGAUCAGAAGGGGAGCUUGGACGCGCGGAUAGCACAGGAUCUCAACUGCGGAGUGUGAUUAGCAAUACCUCAACGUCGACGCAAGCUAAUGUUUCGGGCAUCGCUCCUUCAACCGGGCCAAUCGUAGCACUUGCUUCUGCAAGCUCAAGUGGUCAGCAAAGGAAGGAGGGACUGCUCUGGGCAUUGUCCCGGCCAGGAUCCCAUAUCGAUCCAAAAGGCAUUAACAAACAAGCUUGGCACAAGUUCUGGAUUGUGUUGGACCAGGGGAAACUGUCGGAGUACAGCAACUGGAAACAAAAGCUUGAUCUACAUAUGGACCCUAUUGAUCUACGAAUGGCCUCUGUGCGAGAGGCUCGAAAUGCAGAGCGAAGGUUCUGCUUCGAAGUGAUCACUCCUCAAUAUAAACGCAUUUACCAGGCAACCUCGGAGGAGGAUAUGGGCAACUGGAUCCGAGCUAUCAAUAAUGCGUUACAAAGUGCUGUUGAGGGUCGUGGAAUGUCUCCGCCACUCUCGCCCACUAACGACAGCUCCUCCAUUGGUCGAGAUAUCGGUUCUGUAUUGACUGGAAAGAGUUCUUCAUAUUCAGGCCAACAUUCCCAACCCACAGCGGCUAACGCAUCAAACAACAGUGUAACCCGCCGCACUACUGUGGGUGCACGGCCAAGCUACGUACGUGGUGAUGGCAAUGAUUUCGAGGACAAUCCCUCUAGGCUACUUCAGACAGUUCGUGAUGCUGACCAAGGCAAUAACUGGUGUGCGGACUGUGGAUCGGCGUCGAAGGUCGAGUGGGUGUCUAUUAACCUGGGAAUUAUUUUGUGCAUCGAAUGCAGCGGCAUCCACAGAUCCCUUGGAACGCAUAUAUCGAAGAUCCGAUCCCUUACCCUCGACGUGAAUUCCUUCUCAAAUGAUAUCGUUGAAAUAUUGUUGCAAAUUGGCAACCGUGUCAGCAACAUGGUUUGGGAGGCAAUGUUGGAUCAAUCUCAAAAGCCAGCAGAGACUUCAACUCGGGAGCAGCGCCUGAAAUUUAUCACUGCAAAGUAUAGUGAACGAGCUUUUACUCAGCGACUGCCUUCCCAGCUGUCACGUUUCGCAACGCCGGAUGAAACACUUCUCGCCGCGAUCAAGAAAAAUGACAUCCAAGGUGUCCUCUAUGGCAUCGCACUUCGCGCUAACGUGAAUAUCACGGAUCGUUCCCGUAACACCCAUGCGGUUUUUCUCGCUCUAGCAGCUGCUGAUCCAGCAUCCCCGGGUUCGACUUCGUCUAGGCCUAGCACAGCAAACUCGGUGAAACCCAUCCCAUUUCCUAUUGCUGAGUUACUUGUCCAAAAUGGAGCGGAGAUUCCAUCCCAACCUCCUCCUAUUCCCCUGUCGCCUGCUGCUCAGCUAUAUCUGAGCCAACGCACCGCAAGAGUACCCGCAUUCAACACAUCGGCUGCACCUGUAUCAGGUAAACUUACCGCUGACAGCCUGGGCACACUGCCCAGCAUUCGAGGACCAGGUGGUGAUAAUCCCAUAUCAUCUUCUCACGGGCCGAGCUCUUUAGAUAGCAAAGAGCGUGAAAGACUACAUAAAAGAGGAAGCGCCGGUGCCAGAUUCGCAGGAAAAGUAGCCUCUCUAGGUAUCGAUCGAUGAAACUUUAUUUGCAUUAUUGAUUUCGCUCUUCAUCUGCUCUACUAUCAUUUCUCAGUGGAUUGGCCCUUAAUAUUAAUUAUAGAUAAUGAGGCUCAAGUGGGCAUGACGUGAUGUUAGGACUCGGGUUCGGACGGUUUAUGUAUCCAUUUUCUGGAGGACAUCAAUUCAAAUGACUGGCUUUUACCUGUUUCGUCUAAUGUGCAUUCAUUUAUAUGAUGUCUAUCAUGUUUUCUCCUUGAUUGUUCAUAUUUCGCUUCAUCUCACGGUUGGUCCCGUCCCUCCUCCUUGUUUUCUCCUUUCCUUCAGACUUUGUUCCCUAUGCAUCCUCUAGUGCAGGAUAUAUGUGACUUGCACAGCAACUUUUUUCUUUUUUUUCUCAUUUAUAUACCAUCUCAGCUCGUUUCAGUAUUAAACCCCCUACCCCUUUUGAGUAUUCAUGAUUUUGGUUGCCCUUACAUUGUAUAUAUAUAUGUACCUACACUGUCGGUUAACUGGCAGUGUAUCCCCGUACCUUCAUGUGUUACUAAGGAAUAGUAUCACAUUAUGAUACGAUUGGUAUUGUAUGGUCAAUAAUGUUUGAUUUCCUCUCC